AUGACAGGAGAUACCAAGACAGCAGAUGGGAUCAAAGCUACCGAUUCUGCCAACAAUGUCAGGAGGAGUAGUCGAGCCUCAGUUUUGAAGACCAUCAAGAAUACCCUUCAAGACAUCUUUGAUCCCCCGGAACCAGAGAGAUUGCCACCAAAACGACAUCCCCCCAAACAGCUUGCUUUUGGUUGUCACACUGCUGACGAACAUUUUGACUAUGUUGACGCGAUUUGCAAGGAAGCUGUCAGCUGGCAUGGGAAAGAGGGACUGGAUACAAUGGGAUUUGAGUUCCGGUUGGUCCAUCACCCAAAGACAUGCACUUGCCCAGAAAACAUCGCUGCCAACAACAACAAAGAUGAUGAUGAUUUGACAGAUAGUGAAGCAGAUGACGAAGAAGAGGAAGCUGGACCCAUGAGUGAGUCCUCCUUCAUGGUGCCUUUAAAAGAACAGGAAGAUUUCACAUCUACCAUGGUACCCCUCAAUGAUGGAGUUGCUUUUACAAGUAUUGGUGGCUCGGGUUCCAUUACAUCUGCGUCUCCAUAUGCAUCCAGUGUCGUGUCUCGCAACACUUCCGCGGCCAGUCUCUUUUCAUUGGCUACACACAACACUGACACAGAUUUUUCUGGCACCAUGGAUGAUAGACAACGACCUGGAAGCCGGCGAUCGUCGUUGGCUCGCAGGAGUGCCCGCUUUCCCUUGGCUACCAUUUCUUCUCAACCAGCCAUCGCUGUCAUGGAACAGAAUUCUUGUGCAUUGCGAUUGCAUCAUGUCCCAUCUGGUGGGACACUGGUAACACCAGAGAACCAUUUGCAAUUCAUACCCGAUGGCAAAUUUUAUGACGAGCUGGCACGUCUCUGUAUGGAAUAUUCACAAGCAGUAAUGCUGGCCGAAGCAGACUUGGAAUGGGUGACCAUACCUACUACCAAUACUACUGCUCUUGAUGAACAAGUAGGAGAACGGGACAACAGCAACAAGGGUAAAUACGGUGCAAUGGUCAGUCGAACCUACAUGGAACGAAGGAGACAACGACAACCUGGAGCUGACAGUCAUGAAACUAAGGAGAAACAAAACACGCUAGUGAUCAUUACAGGAAAAGGGGAAGUCCAAGCUGGAAUCUUCUCACGACGACAUUUGCUUGUAACCAGCAUGGAAGCUGCCACAGCGCUGCCUUUUACCCGGGGAGCGCAAGACCGUGGGAUGGACAUUAUCAUUCUGGAUCCAAAUGCGCUAGGCUAUAGAAUGGGGAUGGAUGUCGUGGAGAACAGUUUGAAAUAUCUCUUCUUGGAGGACGGCGCAUGCAAUGGCGAGGAAGAAAUCUAUGUGUUGGCACAUAGCAUGGCUGGGGCCCAGAUUGUCAGGUUCUUCACAAGUAACACGUGCUCUCACAGCCGUCCUGCUACACCCGCAUCAUCGGCAAGUGAAGGUACCACAACAGCCAAAACUGAGGAAAUGAGUGCCAAUGCUGAUGCUGAAAUUGCUAAAUUGUUGUCAAAGAUUAGUGCUGUGGCCUUCACUGACUCCAAUCAUAACAUCAACUGGACCAAGAGGCAUCCUGACUUGACUGAGAUGCUCACCGGACCAAAAUCACUCUACAUCAAAUCCCACAAAGUCCAUGAAAAGGCCAAGUCAUUGGGAGAAAAACAUCAUGACUGCCAGUUUUGGAAGCAUCGAUUUGGAGAUAUCAAAACUCUUUGGGCUGGAACCCAUGAGCAUGCACUGACAAACUACACAGCAAGAGCACAUAUUUGGGAACAUUUUGACGUUUGUUUGGAGGCGGAGGACCAGCAGCAACAACACCAAUAG